AUGGACGGUUAUGAUGAGCAGCACGUGCAGGGUGACUCGACACGUGCCGCCGGGGAUGGUGCUGCUCCGGGGAGCACAAGUCGGUGGAACCCAACGAAGGAGCAGAUCAAUAUGCUUGAGAAUUUUUACAGGCAAGGCAUAAGGACUCCGAGCGCCGAGCAAAUACAGCAGUUGACAAGUAGGCUGAGGGCUUAUGGCCACAUCGAGGGCAAAAAUGUGUUUUAUUGGUUUCAAAAUCACAAGGCAAGGCAGAGGCAGAAGCAGAAGCAAGAGAGUGUGGCUUAUCUUAAUCGCUUUUUCCAUAUGACAUCUCAGCCUAUGUUUCCUCCUCCUCCUCCUCCUCCUCCUCCUCCUCCUCCUCCUAAUCAUCAUCCUUGCCCAAAUGAAAUUCUUUCAUUCAUCCUCUUUGGAUAUAAUAAUCUCAUUCUUAAUAAUUUAUAUGUGAUGUGCAGCCCAUAUUACAUACCAGUUCAGAAUGAAUUAGGGUUCUAUCAACCAUCUCCAUAUCCCAAUAAGGUUCCUUUUCCUGGUGGAGCCAAGAGGAAACCAAGGACUGAGAAAUCCGUUAAGCCAAGAACCACCCGCACUGGUGGCUCUGGAUAUGAACCUGUGCCAUACGGAUAUAGUACUAGCGGAGGCGGCUACAUGAUCAACGAUGUCGCGAACGAAUCAACCGGCAGAUGUGAUCAAGAAACACUGCCACUCUUUCCUUUGCAACCCACAGGCAUUUUACAAGGGAGAGAAUAUCAAAACCCUUCAUGUGGUUCUGGUACUGCUAAUUAUGCUGACAAUUCCACUGCUGCUCUAAUUGGCUCUAAUUCUGAGAUUGUUGGUGACCAACCUUUCUAUGACUUUUUCUCUGGAUAG